GCCCCGCGGCGAGCGGCGCGGACCAUGUCGCCAUGUCGGAAGUGAGGAAGUUCACCAAGCGGCUGAGCAAGCCGGGCACGGCCGCCGAGCUGCGGCAGAGCGUCUCGGAGGCGGUGCGCAGCUCCUUCGUGCUGGAAAAAACCAAAGUGGUGGAGCCUUUGGACUACGAGAACGUGAUCCUGCAGCGCAAGGUGCAGAUCUACAGCGACCCCCUGCGCGACCUGCUCAUCUUCCCCAUCGAGGAUGUCUCUGUCUCAGUCAUCAGCCGACAAAGGAGGACUCUGCAGUCGACAGUGCCAGAAGAUGCUCUAAAGGAAGCUCAGAGCCUCUUUGUCAAAGAGUGCAUUAAAAGCUACAGCUCAGACUGGCAUGUGGUGAACUACAAGUAUGAGGAGUACUCGGGAGACUUCCGCAUGUUGCCAUGCAAAUCCUUUAGGCCAGACAAGAUUCCAAGCCACCUGUUUGAAGUUGAUGAAGACUUGGAGAAGGAUGAGGAUUCCUCAUCCCUGUGCUCCCAGAAGGGUGGUGUGAUAAAGCAAGGCUGGCUGCACAAAGCCAAUGUCAACAGCACAAUCACUGUGACCAUGAAGGUGUUCAAGAGGAGGUAUUUUUACUUGUCACAACUGACAGAUGGCUCCUAUAUCCUGAAUUCCUACAAGGAUGAGAAGAUCUCAAAGGAGUCCAAAGGCUGCAUUUUCCUGGAUGCCUGCAAUGAUGUGGUUCAGUGCCCCAAGAUGCGCCGCUACGCCUUCGAGCUGAAGACCAUAGACAAGUACAGUCACUACCUGGCUGCUGAGACCGAGCAGGAGAUGGAGGAGUGGCUGAUAACUCUGAGAAAGAUCAUCCAGAGCAACGCUGAGACUUUGGCACAGGAGAAGAAGGAGACUGUGGAAUCCGCGCAAGAGGAUGAGUCGAGCGCGCAGGGGAAGUCAGAGAACAUCCUGGAGAGCCUGGAGAGGAGCAUGCACCCGGAGCUGAUGAAGUAUGGAAGAGAAACAGAUCAGCUGAACAAACUGAGCAGGAAUGAUGGCAGACAGAACCUCUUCUCUUUCGACCCAGAAGUCCAGAGGCUGGACUUCUCCGGGAUGGAGCCCGACGUGAAGCCCUUUGAGGAGAAGAGCAGCAGGCGCUUCAUGGUGUGCUGCCAGGACCUCUCCCUCAGCCUCCUCGCUCAGCUCAGCGACAGGGCAGAGCCUACCAACGUUGAGCCUUUCUUCCUAAGCUUGGCAUUGUUUGACCUGAAAAAUAACUGCAAGAUUUCAGCUGACUUCCACGUGGACCUGAACCCUCCCUCUGUCCGUGAGAUGCUGCUGGAGAGCUCUGGGGCUGAGGGCAGCAAGGGACCUUCUGCAGCAGAGAGCCUUGUGCAUGGGGUUCCCGAGUCCCACCUGCGCUGCAUCAAACGGGGGGUUUUCUCUGUGACUGACCCCCACGUGGAGAUCUUCCUGGUGGCCCGAGUGGAGAAGGUGCUGCAGGGCAGCAUCACACACUGCGCCGAGCCCUACAUCAAAAACUCCGACCCUGGCAAGACCGCCCAGAAGGUCCAUAAGGUGGCCAAGCAGGUGUGCAGCCGUCUGGGACAGUACAGGAUGCCCUUUGGCUGGGCUGCCAGACCAGUUUUCAAAGACUCCCAGGGCACUCUGGAUGCUGAAGGGAAGUUCUCACCUCUGUACAAGCAAGACAGCAGCAAAAUCUCAAAUGAAGACAUGCUGAAGCUUUUAGCAGAGUACAAGAAACCAGAGAAGACAAAGCUGCAGGUCAUUCCAGCCCAGUUAAAUGUCAGCAUCCAAGACAUCCCCCUGGACUUCACAAAUUGUGUCACAGCUUCUUACAUCCCAAUAAAGCCUUUUGAGGAGAGCUGUGAGGACGUUGCAGUUGAAGUGGAGGAGCUUGUGCCAGAAGUUGCCAAGUACUGUUACCCCUUCACUGUCUACACGAACCACCUCUAUGUCUACCCCUUGCAUCUGAAGUACGAGAACCAGAAGGUGUUUGCAAAGGCAAGGAAUAUUGCUGUCUGUGUUGAGUUCAGGGACUCAGAUGAAGCUGAUGCCAAGCCAUUAAAGUGUAUCUAUGGCAAACCUGGAGGCCAGCUCCUGACCACAAACGCUUUUGCUGCUGUGCUGCACCACAACCAAAGCCCAGAGUUCUACGACGAGAUUAAAAUUGAGCUUCCAAUUCACCUCCAUCAAAAGCAUCAUUUGCUUUUCACCUUCUAUCAUGUCAGCUGUGAAAUUAACACAAAGGCAACAGCGAAAAAGCAGGACACCGUUGAGACUCAAGUGGGAUACUCCUGGGUGCCCCUGCUGAAGGACGGACGGAUCGCCACCCUGGAGCGGCAUUUGCCAGUGUCAGCCAACCUGCCCCCUGCCUACCUGGGCCUGGGAGACGCCGAGGCACGAAGGCAGCCUGGUGUGGAUGCGAAAUGGGUGGAUGGAGCAAAGCCAUUGUUUAAAAUCAGAAUCCACUUGGACUCAACCAUUUACACCCAGGACAUACACUUGCACAAAUUCUUCCAGUACUGCCAGCUGGUCCAGGCGGGAGCUAAGGAGGUGCCGGGAGAGCUUGUUAAGUGCCUGAAGUGUUUGCACGCCAUGGAGAUCCAAGUAAUGAUUCAGUUUCUACCUGUAAUUCUUGUGCAACUCUUUAGAGUCCUUACCAACGUGACACAGGAAGAUGAAGUGGCUGUCAACUGCACCAUGGUUCUGCUGCAUAUUGUGUCCAAGUGCCACGAGGAAGGUCUGGACCACUACCUGCGCUCCUUCCUAAAGUACGUCUUCCGAGCCGAGAAGCCCAGCGCCGCCCGGGCGAAGCUGACCCACGAGACCCUGGUGCUGGCCAUGGCCACCAUCCUCAAGCAGUCGGCAGAUUUCUUGGCCAUCAAUAAGCUGCUCAAGUACUCCUGGUUUUUCUUUGAAGCACUGGCAAAGUCCAUGGCCAUGUAUUUACUGGAGGAAAACAAAAUCAAGCUGCCCCGAGCCCAGCGCUUCCCUGACUCCUACCAGCACGCCCUGCAUUCCUUGCUGCUUGCCAUCAUCCCCCACGUCACCAUUCGCUACAACGAGAUCCCAGAGGAGUCCAGGAAUGUCAACUUCAGCUUGGCCAGCUUCCUGAAGCGUUGCUUGACCUUCAUGGACAGAGGAUUUGUUUUUAACUUGAUAAAUGAUUACAUUUCUGGAUUCAGCCCAAAAGACCCCAAGCUGCUGGUUGAAUACAAGUUUGAGUUUCUUCAAACCAUCUGCAAUCAUGAGCACUACAUCCCUCUGAACCUGCCAAUGACCUUCUCCAAACCCAAGCUGCAAAGACUUCAAGAUGUGACUCUUGAAUACAGUUUGACUGAUGACUACUGCAGACAUCACUUCCUGGUGGGGCUGCUCCUCAGGGAAACCUCUGCUGCCUUGCAGGACAACUAUGACAUCAGGUGCACAGCUAUCUCUGUCCUGAAGAGCCUCCUGAUCAAGCAUGCCUUCGACAACAGAUACCAGCACAAGAACCAGCAGGCCAAAAUAGCCCAGCUCUACCUGCCCCUGUUGGGGCUGCUCCUGGAGAACCUGCAGCGAGUGGCCAGCCGCGAGGCGCUCUACAGCUGCGCAGCUGCCUCCAGCCCUGCAUCCAGGGAUGACUUUAUGAGCAGUUUUGCAUCCCCUUCUAACAGGUCCAGCCUGAUUGCAGACAAGGAUUCAGCCUGUGGAGCAGCACUCCCAAACGGCCAUGCCAUGAAACGAGAGGACUCAAAAGGAUCCCUGAACUCGGAGGGGACAAGCAGCUCCCCGGAGCAGAGUGAAAAUCUCCGCAGGAGCUCCACCAGGAGCAGCGUUUCGCACUGCAGCCGCCUGGACCACUUUGAGAUCCGCACGCUCCUGAUGUGCUACCUCUACGUGGUGAAGAUGAUCUCUGAAGAUACCCUUUUAGCUUACUGGAACAAAUUCUCCCCCCAGGAGCUGAUCAAUGUCCUUGUGCUUCUGGAGGUGUGUUUAUUCCACUUCAGAUACGUGGGGAAGAGGAAUAUUGCCAGCUCCUGCAUGAGCCCCCCGGGCCCCAGCGCUCCCGGCUGCCCACGCAGGUCGGCAGUGUCCCCCCCAGUCAGCUGCAGGGUGCAGGAGGCCUGGUUCUGCAAGCACGCCGGCGCCGAGCGGAGGUCGCAGACGAUGCCAGCGCUGCGCAGCAGGGCCGGGGGCAUGCAGGUGCGGCUGCAGCACCUGGGCAGCUUGGACACCUCCUUCACGCUCAACCACAAUGCAGGCACCUCAGAAGCAGACAUCGUGCACCAGGCAUUACUGGAGGGCAAUAUAGCCACUGAAGUGUGCCUGACAGUCCUGGACACCAUCUCCUUCUUCACCCAGAGUUUCAAGACUCAGCUUUUAAGCAAUGAGGGCCACAAUCCACUCAUGAGGAAGGUCUUUGAUAUUCACCUGGCUUUUCUCAAGCACGGGCAGUCAGAAGCAGCUCUCAAGCACGUCUUUGCCUCCCUGAGAGCCUUCAUCAGCAAGUUUCCCGCAGCGUUUUUCAAGGGCAGGGUGAACAUGUGCGCUGCCCUCUGCUACGAGGUCCUCAAGUGCUGCACUGCCAAGGUGCCCUCCACCAGGAACGAAGCCUCAGCCCUUCUCUAUCUCCUGAUGAGAAACAACUUCGAGUUCACCAAAAGGAGAACGUUUCUCAGGACACACCUGCAGAUAAUCAUUGCAGUGAGCCAGCUGAUAGCAGAUGUGGCGCUCAGCGGCGGGACAAGAUUUCAGGACUCCUUGCUCAUCAUCAACAACUUUGCCAACAGUGACAGGCCCAUGAAGGCAACUGCUUUUCCUUCCGAGGUCAAGGAUCUGACCAAGAGGAUCCGCACGGUGCUCAUGGCCACUGCUCAGAUGAAGGAACACGAGAAAGACCCAGAGAUGCUGAUAGAUCUGCAGUACAGCUUAGCUAAAUCCUAUGCCAGCACCCCAGAGCUCCGGAAGACCUGGCUGGACAGCAUGGCCAAGAUACACGUGAAGAACGGGGACCUGUCCGAGGCAGCCAUGUGCUAUGUCCAUGUAGCAGCCCUCGUGGCAGAGUUCCUGCACAGGAAAAAACUUUUCCCCAGUGGGUGCACUGCCUUCAGGAAAAUCACUCCCAACGUUGAUGAGGAAGGUGCAAUGAAGGAAGAUGGUGGCAUGAUGGAUGUCCAGUACAGCGAGGAAGUGCUGGUGGAGCUGCUGGAGCAGUGUGUGGAUGGCCUGUGGAAGGCAGAGCGUUAUGAAACCAUCUCUGAAGUGUCCAAGCUGAUCAUUCCCAUUUAUGAGAAGCGGCGUGAGUUUGAGAAACUUACUCAGCUGUACAGAACACUUCAUGGAGCAUAUGCCAAGAUACUGGAAGUCAUGCACUCAAGGAAGAGGCUUCUGGGCACCUUUUUCAGAGUGGCCUUUUAUGGACAAGCUUUCUUUGAAGAAGAAGAUGGGAAGGAGUACAUCUACAAGGAGCCCAAGCUGACAGGCCUCUCAGAGAUCUCCUUCAGACUUCUCAAGCUUUAUGGAGAAAAAUUUGGCUCAGAGACUGUAAAGAUUAUCCAGGAUUCCAACAAGGUCAGCAUUAAAGAUCUUGAUCCCAAGUAUGCCCAUAUCCAAGUGACUUAUGUGAAGCCUUACUUUGAAGACAAAGAACUCUCAGACAGGAAGACUGAGUUUGAAAGAAGCCAUAACAUCAACAGAUUUGUUUUUGAGACUCCUUACACUUUGUCUGGGAAGAAGCAUGGCAGUGUGGAGGAGCAGUGCAAGAAAAGGACCAUCCUAACCACUUUGAACUCCUUUCCAUAUGUAAAGAAGAGGAUUCCAGUCAACUACGAGCAUCAGGUUAACUUAAAGCCCAUCGAUGUGGCUACUGAUGAGAUCAAAGACAAGACAGCAGAGCUGCAGCAGCUCUGCUCUGCUGCUGAGGUCGACAUGAUCCAGCUGCAGCUCAAGCUGCAGGGCUGCGUUUCUGUGCAGGUCAAUGCAGGUCCCUUGGCCUACGCCAGAGCUUUCCUAAGUGACAGCCAAGCCAGCAAAUACCCUGUGAAGAAGGUGGCUGAGUUAAAAGAAAUGUUCAGGAAACUUAUACAGGUCUGUGGGAUUGCUCUGGAGCUGAAUGAGAGGCUGAUCAAGGAGGACCAGGUGGAGUACCACGAAGGGCUGAAGUCCAACUUCCGCGAUAUGGUGAAGGAGCUCUCGGACAUCAUCCACGAGCAGCUCUACCACGAAGCCAGGCUGCACUGCCCGUGGAUGCAGGACUCCCUGCACGUCUUCUGCGCCAUCAGCGGCACGUCCGGCGAUGGAAGCUACUGCUCCCUCGGCCCUGCUGCUGAACUCUAAGCCAGCUCAGCCAUACUUCACACAGCUUUCUCAGGAAUACUAGGAACUCUGCAAGCAACAUUCAAAACCAAACCCAUGCCAAAACAACCCCGACCAUGCCGAGCAAAAGAUGCCAUCUUUGUUUCCCCCUCCCUCCACUGCAGCUGCCCAGGGUGCUUGCUGCUUUUGCUGAGCAACGUGGGAAGUGCCUGGACAUUGCACCACUGUGCUUCUUUUCUACUAUGUUUUCUCUCUGUUUUGGGGCUGUUUGCUCUUUUAUUUUUAAGCUAAAUAUAGAAGAAGCCAUGCAGAAGGGAGCUGGCUGGAUGCCAGUGGGGUGGCUGACCUGGGAAUGGCAGCCCUGGAGAGCUGUACAAUGGGAUGUAAUAAAAGGUGUUAAAGCGCUGUGUAAA